AUACUCGUCCAACAGGGUAUUAAAUUAAACACACCCCCUUAGUAAUGACACGUCAUUCGCCGAGGACUUGCCACAUACUUGUUUCCGUGAGCCGGCUAGCAUCUGCUGUCACACAAUGAAGGACUUUGGCAUUUUAAAAUGGUAAUGGGGAGACGUGAGGAAAACUGGAUGGAGUGGUCCGAAAGCUGGCGCUUCUUCGCCAAUCCUAGUGACUGAUGGCUUCAAACGAAUGAGACCGAGACACUGAGGACAAUCUUCAUCAUGGGCAGGAUCAGCUUUUCCUGCCUUUUCCCAGCCUCUUGGCAUUUCAGCCUGCCAUCCCAGAUCCUUCCUCGCCUCUUGCUCCCUUCAUUCAGGCAGCUGCUCUUCAUCGGCCUGCUCCUCUUCCUACUGGGAGCGCUUUACCUGUUUUUGGUCACUGGAAAGUUGCCCGGCAGCUGGAUCACAAAGGAAAACAACUUUCACAGGCAUAUAGCACGAGUAACUGACAUGGACAGAACAGAUGCAAGUAAUCCUGACCUGAACUAUGGCUUGGUGGUGGAUUGUGGCAGCAGUGGCUCUAGGGUGUACGUGUACUGCUGGCCCAGUCACAACGGCAAUCCCCACGAGCUCCUGGACAUUCGGCAAAUGAGAGAUCAAAAUCGGAAAUCUGUGAUAAUGAAGAUCAAGCCAGGGAUUUCUAAACUGGCUCAAACACCAGAGAAAGCCAGUGACUACAUCUAUCCACUGCUGAGCUUUGCAGCCGAACACAUUCCCAAAAACAAGCACAUAGAAACACCCCUUUACAUCCUGUGUACAGCUGGAAUGAGAAUUCUACCUGAGAGCCAGCAAGAGGCUAUAUUGGAAGAUCUGCGCACUGACAUCCCGGUCCACUUCAACUUCCUCUUCUCGGAUUCCCACGUUGAAGUAAUUUCCGGAAAACAAGAAGGGGUCUAUGCGUGGAUUGGAAUCAACUUUGUCCUUGGAAAAUUUGAUCAUGCACGCAAUGAUGGCGAAGCUGUUGUAGAGGUCAACGUCCCGGGCAGUGAUCAACAGGAGCGGCUGGUGCGAAAAAGGACUGCUGGUGUUUUGGACAUGGGUGGAGUUUCCACACAGAUAGCAUUUGAAGUGCCCAAAACUGUAAGCUUUGCAUCUCCAGAACAGGAGGAAGUGGCCAAGAAUUUACUGGCGGAAUUUAAUCUGGGAUGUGAUGCCCAUCGCACAGAUCAUGUGUACCGUGUGUACGUUUCCACCUUCCUGGGUUUUGGAGGAAAUGCUGCACGCCAGAAAUAUGAGCAGAGCCUCGUCAAAAGCACCACAACUCGAAAUAAGCUGUUUGGUCAGCGUAUCGGCGAGACGGCAGACUCCCCCCUCCUGGACCCCUGUCUUCCCACAGACCUGCAGGACCAGAUCGGCACCCAUGAACAGAAACUUCAUGUGCUAGGCACAGGCGACUUUGACCAGUGCAGACACGUGCUUCAACCCUUCCUCAACCGCACCAAUGAGACUCAAACAUCUCUGAGCGGCAUCUUCCAGCCGGCAAUUGACUAUAGCAACAGCCAGUUCUAUGGCUUCUCUGAGUUCUACUACUGCACAGAGGACGUGCUGCGCAUGGGUGGAGACUAUAACGCAUCCAAAUAUGCCCAGGCUGCCAAAAGUUACUGUGCCACCCAGUGGAAGACUCUGAGGGAGUGCUUUGACUCUGGUUUGUACGCUUCCCACGCUGAUCUCCAUAGACUCCAGUACCAGUGUUUUAAAUCUGCAUGGAUGUAUGAAGUAUUACACUCGGGCUUCUCUUUCCCUCCUGACUACAAAAACCUGAAAACUGCAUUUUUGGUAUAUGAUAAGGAAGUCCAGUGGACUCUUGGAGCUAUUCUCUUCCGAACACGCUUUCUUCCUUUGAGGGACAUCCAGCAAGAAAGUCUCAAAGGAGUGCACUCCCACUGGCGGCAUAGCUUCUCAGUUGUCAACAAUCUCUACUUAUUGCUGGUCUGUUUCUUCAUUGUCGUUUUGUCUAUCAUCUUGUACGUGCUGCGACUUCGCCGAAUCCAUCGGCGCUCCGCGCAGCGUUGCUCCCCUUCUUCUGUGCCGUGGCUGGAAGAUGGCCUGGGAUCACCAACACUCCCAAUAAACCUAUAAACUCUUGUUCAAGAGCCUCGCCAUAUUGUACAAAAGGUGUCUCGGACAGGAAGUGUGACUGAGCUGCAAAAAUGUGUUUGUUAUUGUGUUCAUGUCAUGUCAGAUACCUGCCAAAUAAAAUGGUCCUAUUUUCCUACAGAAGAAACAAUACUACCCAGAAAAGUUGGACAAAUUGUUUUUUUGUUUUUUUUAAAUUUAUGUGGGCAUUCGCCUCUUUCUGCCUUUUUACAAAGCAUGUUUUUGUUACUUUUAAUAUGUACUUAAUUACACACCUAUCCAUCUUUAAGUGGCAGGAGCACUGGAAUUCAUAUGACAAUUGUUAAUACUGCUUGUGCUGGUACUGUUUGUGUGCAUGAGUGCGUGUUGAAUACGUGUGCAACAGAAGUUGAUGCUAUACAAUAGAUGUCUUGUCACUGUUUCACUCCUUCGAAACACUCUUAUCGAAUAGACCUGAUUUUCUUAUGUCUCGUUAUGUACUCUGAGCAUGGGAAGCUGGUGCGGCUAUUUAAGUUGGGCUUCAUUUUUCGAAGUUGUCAUAUGACUCGAGAAGAUUGGUAAUGAGCGAAUGCAACAUGUUAUGUAUUCACAAUUAGUGUAGUGAAAUGUUUGUCUCAUUGAAAUAUGCUAAUAAAGGUUUGUGGUUUAUGAGUA